ACCACAGACACCCUGUGAGGGUGUCGGUCUGUCUGUCCACGGGCAUUUCCGAGUUGCCACAGAGAAGACCAUUUUUGCGAUGCCCGAGACAGCAAUAGGCCUUUUCCCCGACGUAGGCGGAGGCUACUUCUUGCCCAGACUCUCAGGGAAGAUUGGCUAUUUUCUUGCCCUGACAGGAUUCAGGUUGAAAGGAAGAGAUAUUCACCGAGCAGGAAUUGCCACUCAUUUUAUAGAGGCGGAGAAGGUGGCAGCCCUAGAGAAAGACUUAACAGAGCUGAAAACACCCUCUAAGGAAAACGUUGCUGAUCUCCUGGAUUCCUAUCAUAUGAAGUGCAAACUUGAUCAAGAGAAAGAGUUCAUACUAAGUCAACAUCUGGACAAGAUUAACAGCCUGUUUUCAGCCAGCAGCAUGGAAGAACUUAUCCAAAACCUGAAGCGGGAUGGUUCUCCUUUUGCGCUCAAGCAACUAGAGACGAUUGCUAAAAUGUCCCCGACGUCUCUGAAGAUGACCCUCAGGCAGCUUAGAGAAGGAGCUUCCCUGAACCUGCAAGAGGUCCUCUCCAUGGAGUACAAGGCGGGGGAGAGAGGCCACGACUUCUACGAAGGGGUGCGAGCAGUGCUCGUCGACAAAGACCAGUCCGCCAAGUGGAAGCCAGCUACCUUAGAAGAAGUGACCGAUGAAUUUUUGGACUCGUGUUUCAAGUCUCUUGGAAGCAGCGAACUCAAGCUACAAUAGAUUUGGACCAAGGCCAGCCUAAUUCUGUGUUAAUUCUCGUUUCCUUUAACACAAUGAAGGAAGGUUUGCAAAUUCGGCCUUGAAAGGAAUAACCCGCUGUGAGCAAAUGCUUAUUACUGUUACGUAAGGAAGAGGAUUUAACGUUUUUGGAAACAAAGCUCCGACUACUAGAGAACUGGGGCAGUGCUAUCAUCAGCUGAGUUCACGCUCUAGUGCUUUCCAGAGAAAAUUAAGACUGUGUCUAUAAAGAUCCUGAUAUUCUUUAGCAGAGCAAAUUAACAACUGUCUGCAUGGGAGGUCAACCGUGCAACAGGGGGAAGACAAAAGGGAGUGUUGGGACUAAAAAAGGUAUCUUGGUCCCCUCUGACUUCUUCACCGCUGGAUCAGGAGCUAACAGAGCGAUAAACGUGAGACCCAUAAAAAUAUGGUUGUAUUUUUUUUCCAUUGGGUGAUAUUAACUUAAAACCAAGUUGAUCAAUUGUAUGGGUUCCCUGAUUCAACCUGCAUAUAUUCACAAAUUAAUAAA